AUGUAAAAUGCCCUUCCUGGAAUAAGCAUAACCUAACAUGUUUAAUUAAAAUACGUAUUUGGCAUGAACCCAAACAUAAAAAACUCUCUACUAUUCCAUGACGAAGAGCGAAUAAUUUACCCAGCCGGAUAUAACAUAGUAUUAUACGACCUAUAAGAUAAAUCAUAACAUUAUUAUUAAGGCACAAAUGAAUAUAGGGGAAUAUCAUGCGUAUGUUUAAGUCCAUUAAAGCGUUAUUUAGCCUUAGGUGUAAAAGGUUAAGGUAAUGAAAAACCUGGAAUAAUUUUAUUUGAUACCUUUACACAAAAAAGGCGUAAAAAUUUAGGAUUCGGAUAAAGUCCUUAAUUGGAAUAUUAUAAUAUAAAGUAAUGGAUAAGUGUUGCUUUUCCAAAUUAAAAUCAAGAAACUAGAUACAUAUAUUCAUUAAGUGGAGGAGGAGGAGAUCAUAUAUUAUGCUGGUGGUGGCAUGAAAAAGGGAGGUGUAUAGGAUAUUACGAUUUAGGUAUUUAGAAUGAUAUUUUUGAUUUAUAAAUAGGUUCAAUUGGGAAUUUAGAUACGAAUUUAAUAACUAUUAGUGGAAAUAAAUUUUUCAAGUGUUAUGUGAAAAGCGAGGAAUAGUUGAAGGACGAAAAAAACACGAAUUAAAUUUAAGAAUUGUAAAUGUAAAAAAAUAUACUUAAUUAAGUACCAGAACAGUAUAAAAAUAGAUAAUUUAUUUAGCAUUUAUGGCUUAGUUGUGAUAAUUUGGUACUUUUAGUAAGUUUAACAGGAGAACUACUUAUUUUUGAUUCUAUAUUAAAUUUUAUUUAAGUUGUUGAUAAUUCAACUGAAAAUUUAAAUGUAGUUACUGCUUGUAUAUUUUCAAAAGGCUUCUUUGUAGCCUUUGAGGCAGGAAUAGUGCUUUAAUAUAAUAUAAUGUAAGGCGAGUAAGAGAUAUUUAAUUGUGUAUUACAAUAUAAUGUGAAAAAAAUUCUAGAUUUGAAAGAAAAAACUGAAAUUAAAUGCAUGUGUAUAAAUAAAGGGGAAGAUAAACUAAUUUUUAGUUUAAGUAAUUGUCAAAUUCAUGAAUUAAAACUUAAAUAAAAUAUAGAAUACGUAAAAUAAAUUCAUUUAGUAGAAGAUAUUGAUAAUAAUAUGAUUACAUUGCCUUUUCAUACUGGACCAAUUAUUUCAAUGGAUAUUUGUAAAAGAAAACCAAUAAUUGCUACUUUAAGUACAGAUAGAUAUAUUAAAAUUUGGGAUUAUGAAAAAAAAACUAUUGACAUAUAAUGGAGUUUUAAUUAAGAAGUAUCAUGUUUGUCUUUGCAUCCAUAAGGAUUCGGAAUUGUUGUGGCUUUUGCUGAUAAAUUAAAAUUAAUGAAUUUGUGUAUACAUAAUUCAACAAAUAAUUAAAAAAAUAAAGCUUAUAAAGAAAUAUCUCCUUUUAAGGGUUGUAAAGAAAUUAAAUUUUCAAAUGGAGGUUAAUAUUUUGCUGCUGUAAAUUCAUCAUCUUCUAAUUAAAUAAUUUAAGUUUUUUAAUUUUUUACUGGUGAAAAUCCUUAACAUCAUAUAUUCAAAGGACAUACAGGAAGAGUAAAAUGCAUUGCAUGGUCAACAGAUGAUUCAAUGUUAGUUUCUUGUGGAAUGGAUGGUAUGAUUUUAGCAUGGAAAGUAGAUUAAGAUUUUUAAGCUUAAUAGCCUACAGUACCUAGAAUAGUUGAUAUUCACUGUAAAGGAGUUAAUUUUUAUGGAAUUACUCUUAGUGAAGAUAAUAAAACUAUUAUAGCAGCCGGAAGUGAUAAAAAUAUUCAUUUAGUAAAUAUUGGAGAUUAUCCUCAUGCAGACAAAACAGAGAAAAAAAUGCUUGAUGUAAAUUUAUCGUGUUUAGGUUUUCCUAGUUCUAAUAAAUUACUUUUUGCUGGAAUUUAGGAUGAUACACGUUUAUGUGGGGCUUUAAGAUGUUUUAUUUAUCCUAUUAGUCAUGGCAAGUUUACUGAUUAUUAAGCACAUGAUGAACGAGGAGUAGAAAAAAUUAGAAUUACUAAUGAUGAUAAAUAUAUUAUAACUGUAGGUAGAGAUGGUUGUAUGAUGUUUUUUGAAAUUAAAGAGAAAGAUAUUAGGUAGGCAAGAAUGAAAGACGGAUAUGCAAAAUUUUCUGAAGAAGUUCUUGUUUCAAGAGCUGAUUUAGAUGAUUUAAAAAAUAUAAAAGAUAAUUUAUAAUUAUAAAUUACUGAGUUUUCGAAUUAAAAUGCAAUGCUGGUUAUUACUUCGAGAUAGGAAGAUAUUUAUAUGUUAGAUGAAUAAAUUAAAUUAAAUUAAAUAAAAAGAUAAAAUUAAAUAGAAAGUUUAAAAAAAUAAAAAAAUUAAGAAGAAGCUAAAUUAAUAAAUGAAUUAAAUGAACUUUAAGAAUUAGCAGAAUUGGAAAUAUAAACAAUGGAUACUAAAUAUUAAAAAGAAGUAAUGUCUCUAGUUGAACAAUAUGAAAACUUUAAAAGGUUACACGAAAUCGAAAACAAUAAAAAUAAUAAAAAAAAAUCUAAACUCGAAUAAGAAAAUAAUUAAAAACUAAUAGCUUUAGAUAACGAAUUUCAAAAAUAAUUAGAAGAAUAGCGUACUUAAAAAAAACGAGUAGAAAAAUAAAUAUAAGAACGCCAAAAGUAAUAUGCUGAAGCCUAAGAUUUAGAGAAAUUCAAAUUUGUACUUGAUCAUAAAAUAAAAGAGUUGAAAAGAGAUAUAGGUCCUAGGGAAGAGGAAAUAGCCAAAAUGAAAGAAUAAACAAAUAUAAUGGAUGCAAAAUUAAAAGAAUUAAAUACUUAUAAUAAUUUCCUUGGAACUGUUGUGGAUGAACUAUAUACAGCAUAAGAAACAAUGAAAGAAGAAAUAAAAAUUCAAAGAUAGGUUAUGUUUGAAUAAUAAAUUAAAAUUUCAAGAUUUAAGGAUGAUAUUUAUGCAUUGGCUUAAUAUAUUUUGGACUUUAAUAGGCUAAAAAAAUCAGAUUACCAAAAUAAACCUGAUGUUUAUUAAUAUGACGAAGUUUUUAAUAUUUAAAUGAAUCAAAGCCUUAUUUUUCAUUAAUAUUUUUCAAAUUCAAUAAAUUAACUUAUUAAUGGAUAAAAUACAGCUUUUUUAAUACAUGGUCCAUCAAAUUGCGGAAAGAGUUAUAUAUUUAGUGGUGAAUAAGAACGUGAUGAUAAAGGAAUUAUUUACUAAGGUUGUCAAAAAAUACUAUAAGAAAUACCUGAAUAAGAAAUUCUACUUUAAAUAUGUUCAAUUUAUCAAAAUUAGAUAUUCGAUUUACUAUCAACUCAUAAACCAGCUACUAAUUUUUAACAAUUUAUUAAUAUGAUAAAGAAAUGA